GUCACAAAUUUGCAUAUCCCGUUACUUCUUGAUUUUGACAGAUAAUAAAAGCUAUUUCCCAAAUUCAUCAUCAUGCAUCCCAAAAGGCCUAUAAAACCCAAACCCCCACCCAAUUUCUCUUCCACUCAUUCCGGUUUCAAAUCCAAAAAAUUCCUCUUCAUUCUAAUGGCAGCAAUUUUGUCCCUUUCCCUCCUCUCUCUUCUCCUCUUUUUCUCCUUCUCCACUGCCCUCCGCCACCACAACCACCGCCACUAUUCCCCUGCUCCCAGCCAUAGCAUUUCAAAACCACCCCCCUCUUCUGCUUCUCCUUCAGUCUCAUCUCCAAAUGGGCUCAUUCACGAGGCCUGCAAGGCCUCGCGUGACCCGCCAACAUGCGAGUCGUCAUUGUCCAGUUCCUCCCCCGGGUCUCCCAACCCGACCGUUUUGGACACCAUCCAAUUGGCCAUCCGGGUCUCGAAGGAAAACCUCAGGACUGCCCAGUCCAUGGUGAACGAUAUCCUGGGGGCGUCCGCAGGAAAUCUAAACCGGACCAACGCGGCAAAGAAUUGUUUGGAGGUGCUGAAUUAUUCUGAUUUUCGGAGUGAUCGGACGGCUUCGGUGCUGGCACGUGGCAAAAUCAAGGACGCCCGUGCAUGGUUGUCAGCUGCUGUGGUCUACCAGUACGAUUGCUGGUCCGCUUUGAAAUACGUCAAUGGGACGUCUAAGGUGAAUGAAACGAUGGCGUUUUUGAACGGUUUACUCGGGUUGAGCAGCAACGCUCUGGGGAUGAUGGUAAACUAUGAUAAUCUGGGCGAAGAUACCGGGUCCUGGGGCCCACCCAAGACUGAGAGGGACGGGUUUUGGGAAGGGGUUGGCGGGUCGGGGUUGGAGUUCCAUGGCGGAGUGCCGACCGGGUUGAAGCCGGACGUGACGGUUUGUAAAGAGGGUGGGUGUAAUUACGGGUCGGUGCAGGCUGCCGUGAAUGCGGGUCCGGAUAACGCGGUGGAUCGGAGGUUCGUGAUAUGGAUAAAGGCGGGCGUGUAUGAGGAGACGGUUCGGGUCCCGUUGCAGAAAAAGAAUGUAGUGUUUUUGGGUGAUGGGAUGGGUAAAACGGUCAUUACAGGGUCUAUGAAUGUGGGCCAGCCUGGUGUUACCACCUAUGAUUCUGCUACUGUUGGAGUUGUUGGUGAUGGUUUCAUGGCGAGCGGUCUCACCAUACAGAACACAGCUGGCCCUAAUGCGCACCAAGCAGUAGCCUUUCGAUCAGACAGUGAUCUUUCAGUGAUAGAAAAUUGUGAAUUUCUUGGCAAUCAGGACACCUUAUAUGCUCACUCGCUACGCCAAUAUUACAAGUCAUGCCGCAUUCAGGGCAACGUUGAUUUCGUAUUUGGGAACUCCGCUGCAUUCUUCCAGGGUUGCCUCGUCUUAGUCGCUCCACGGCAAGUAAAACCAGAGAAGGGAGAGAACAAUGCUGUAACUGCUCAUGGAAGAAUCGACCCUGCCCAGUCCACAGGCUUUGUCUUCCUGGGCUGCAUCGUCAACGGCACAGAAGAGUACUUGUCCUUGUACUAUAGUAAACCUAGCGUACACAGAAACUACCUUGGAAGGCCAUGGAAAGAGUAUUCGAGGACGGUAUUCAUCCAGUGCACCUUGGAGGCUCUCAUUACACCAGAUGGAUGGAUGCCCUGGAGUGGAGAUUUUGCUCUGAAGACGCUGUAUUAUGGGGAAUUCGGUAAUACUGGAGCUGGUGCUAACACUUCUAAACGAGUUCCUUGGAGCAGUCAGAUUCCAGCUAAACAUGUUUCCUCAUAUUCAGUGCCAAAUUUCAUUCAAGGUGAUCAGUGGAUUCCUACUUCUUCUUGAUUAACUGGGCACAUAUUAUCAGUGGAAUUAUUUCUACCUGGGAAAUUUGUACUUAGCCAAGGCUUAUCUAUGCUGGGGGAAUUUUGUGAAUUGAUACAGAGGAUGUGCUAGUCCAAACCAUGACGAUAUUCGGGUAAAUUAGACUGUGAUCAUAGCAUAAAAUGGUUUCUAGAUAUAAACCCGAAACACUAAUCUUCGAUUCAAUUGGUAAGGAUGGGGUGGACUUAAACUUGCCUUGCUUUGAUUAACAAGCAAAAUUAGGAUGCUCUCUAUAUAUGUUAGAUUGUUGUUAAUUGAAUCAAGAGUAUUAUUAGGACUCAUCUUGAAGUAGAAAGGCAAUCAAAUGAAGAAUCUUAUCUUUCAACAAUUUUAUUAGGA